AUGGUUUUAGCUAAGCAAUGGGUUAUGAAGAAUCAGCCUGUACCAGGCACUCCUUUUAAUAUGGAUAUGAAUGAUCCAAAUGCUACUUUUGAAUUGAAGGAAGUGGAAUUGAAUGAAGGUCAAUUAAAAGAAGGUGAAUUUUUGGUUGAAACUUUGUUGUUAUCUAACGAUCCUGCCCAAAAAUUUUGGAUUGCAACUGCUGAUAAAAACUAUGCUGCUGGUAUUAGUCCAGGUGAAUUAGUCCCAGCAAGAGGUAUCGGUAAAGUUAUUGCAUCUAAAAAUCCAGCAUACGAAGCUGGUGAUUACGUUUCAGCUAAUGUUAAUUGGACCACUUAUAUUAUUUUAAAUGAAGGUGGAAAAUUCCCUGUCCGUAAGGUCUCUAAAGAUGAAGUUGGUGAUUUAUCAUGGCAUUUAUCUGCUUUAGGUGGUACUGCUUUGACAGCUUACUUUAUCUUUUACAACUACGCUCAAUUACAAGAAAGAGAAGAAGAUUACGGUAAAGUUUACCUAAUUUCUGGUGCUGCCGGUGCUGUAGGUUCAUACUGUAUUCAAUUUGCAUUACAUGUUUUUAAGGCCUCUAAAAUUAUUGCUAUUGCAGGUGGUCCAGAAAAGGUUAAAUAUGUCGAAUCGUUUGGAGAUAAAGUUGUCGGUGUUGAUUAUAAGGAUCCUUCUUUCAAAGAAAACUUAAUCAAAGCUGCUGGCGGUCCAAACACUGUCGAUUACUUUAUUGAUAAUGUUGGUGGCGAAAUUUUAGAUUUAGGUACUUACUUAUUGAAACAAAAGGCUAUGUUACUUGCCUGUGGUUCAAUCAGUGGUUAUAAUGACACCUCUAAGUUUGUUUUCAAAAAUUACGUUUCAGUUAUCACCAAAAGAUUAACCAUUAAAGGUUUAUUAUUAACUGAUAACUUGACUGAUUUCCCAAAGGGUUUGAAAAAAUUAAUUGAAAUGAUAAAAGCCGGCUACAUCGAUGUUUCCAAGACUGAAACUAUUGUUGAUGGUACUGGUGAAAACUUCAAAGAAGUUCCAAACUUAUGGAAUGGUUUGUUUAAAGGUAUUAACAAAGGUAAACUAAUUACCAAAGUUAACGAAUAUUAA